CUCAAAAGGCAAGAAAGCAAGACCGUCCUGAGGAGGUCAACUGAGAUGUAAGUGAGAAUUUUCGAGGAGCCCGUUUCAUUUUUUUCUUGGCAUGGCGAAAACAAGAUGCUGAGCGAUGGCGUCACUUUUUUUGACCGCCGUUAAAACUGCGAGCACGUUCGGCGUCGGACGCGUCACCCUCAUCCCGUUCCUCUUGGCGUCGCUCGCCUACUUCCGGUACGACCUCUACGAUCCGGAAUCGCAGCCGGUGUCCGUUGCGCGCGUCGACUCCGAGUACGACUUCGUCGUAGUCGGCGCGGGUAGCGCGGGGUCGGUCGUCGCGAAUCGGCUGACCGAAGUUCCGUCCUGGAAGGUGCUGCUCAUCGAGGCCGGCGGACCGGAAACGGAACUGACGGACGUGCCGAUUUUCAGCUUGUAUCUGCACAGGAGCAAAGUUGACUGGGGAUACAGGACGCAGCCACAAAGUUCGGCAUGUCAGGCGAUGGUUGAUCAGCGAUGCAACUGGGUUCGUGGAAAGGUUUUGGGCGGUUCCAGUGUCCUCAAUACGAUGUUAUACGUACGCGGCAACCGACGCGACUUCGAUCGCUGGCGAGAUUUGGGCAACGAAGGUUGGGGUUACGAUGACGUCCUCCCGUACUUCCUCAAAAGUGAAGAUCAACGCAAUCCGUAUCUGGCCCGCAACAAAAAGUACCACGCGACCGGUGGGUACCAGACGAUCCAGGAGUCCCCCUACAACACCCCGCUGGGGAUAGCCUUCCUGCAGGCCGGUCAGGAGAUGGGAUACGACAUUCGGGACAUCAACGGCGAACAGCAGACGGGUUUCGCCCUGUUUCAAUUCACGAUGCGUAGAGGGACGAGGUGUAGCGCGGCGAAGGCGUUCCUGCGUCCGGUGAGAUUGCGUCCCAACCUCCACAUUUCGAUGUGGACGCACGCGACGAAGGUGCUGAUUGAUCCGGACACGAAGCGCGCCUACGGGGUCCAAUUCAUAAAGCACGGCCUGCUGCAGACGGUCAUGGCGAAGAGGGAGGUGAUACUUUCGGCCGGCGCGAUCAACACCCCCCAGCUGCUGAUGUUGAGCGGCGUCGGGCCCGCUGAUCACCUGGAGGACAUGGGCAUACCCGUCCUGCACGAUUCACCAGGAGUCGGCAAGAACGUGCAGGACCACAUCGCCGCCGGUGGAAUUACGUUCCUCAUCAACAAGCCUGUCGCCAUCCUCACCCAUCGCAUAUCGAACAUCAACACCGCGCUGAGGUACGCCAUCUUCGGCGACGGACCUUUGACGUCGAGCGUAGGCAUCGAGACCGUCGGCUUCAUUUCGACCAAGUACGCGAACCGUUCCGAUGACUGGCCGGAUAUGGAGUUCAUGAUCUUGAGCACCUCCACGAACCAAGACAGCGGCACCCAGGUGAAGCGCGCCCACGGGCUCUCCGACGAGUUCUACGACGCCGUCUUCAAGAGCAUCAACGCCAAGGACGUCUUCAGCAUCUUCCCGAUGAUGCUGCGCCCCAAAAGCACGGGGGUCAUCAAAUUGCAAUCGAAAAAUCCCCUGCGCUACCCUCUGAUGUAUCACAACUACCUCACGGAUCCGCACGAUGUCGCCGUCCUGCGCGAGGGAAUCAAGGCCAGUAUAGCCUUCGGCCAAACCACCGCGAUGAAAAGGUUCGGCUCCACGUUCCACAGCGUCCCCUAUCCCAACUGCAAGCACCUUCCUCUCUUCACCGACGAGUACUGGGACUGCGCGGUUCGCCAGUACACCCUCACCAUCUACCACUACUCGUGCAGCGCGAAAAUGGGACCCAAAACCGACCCCCUCGCCGUGGUCGACCCCAAGCUGAGGGUUUACGGAGUGUCCGGCCUGCGAAUCGUAGACGCCUCGAUUAUGCCGUACAUCACAAGCGGCAACAUCAACGCUCCCGUUUUGAUGAUCGGAGAGAAAGGCUCGGACUUGAUCAAAGAGUACUGGUUGGGGUACUCACUGGGAAAAAGUGCGCGUAGUGCAACCACCAGUUGUAAUAAUAGUACUGAUUUUUGUAAUUAUAGACUAGGAUAAUUGAUAAUUCUAAUAACCAAAGAGGAGUCGCGAACCGUUGAUACACCUACUAAUUGCUCACUAGUGUUAGUGAUAGGAACAUUUUGUAUAUAUUUGCCUGUAUGUACUUAUUUAUUUACUAGGUAAUAGCCGAUAAUGUGAUGAAUUUUUAAAUACCA